CCGCCCCGGGAGGCGGGACCGCGGGGAGCAUUCGGUCCCGCUCGGAGCGGAGCAGCAGCCAUGGGUUCGGCGGCGCAGCUCGCGCCGCCUCCGCCGCUCGGGGAAUGCGAGCGGGAAGCGAGGACGGCGGUCGCCCGGCACCGGCGGCUCCCGGAGGAGCAGGUCCACCAAGAACAAAGGAACCAUACCACGGAACCUGUGAUAGAUGACUAUAAAAAGAUGGGGACUCUCUUUGGAGAACUAAACAAAAGCCUUAUCAGAAUAGGCUUCACAAGGAUGUACUUUGGAGAACGGAUAGUAGAACCUGUAAUAAUUAUAUUCUUCUGGGUUAUGCUCUGGUUUCUUGGCCUACAGGCUCUUGGACUGGUGGCUGUUCUGUGCCUUGUCAUUAUUUAUGUACAACAGUAAAAUUUUAUAGAUACUAUGUGCAUUAUGUAUUUCAAUGCUGUCACUAUGUCAGUGCAUUUAUGUUUAAGUAAAUGGGUGGUAUAUCAAAAGCUGCGAUGCUUCAAAUUGCUAAACUUCCAAUGAGGGGGACUAAAAUUACAUUUUAAGCCAAAUCAGCAGUGCCCUAAUUACAUGUGUUAGGGGGAAAGAAAGGAGAUGUUUAUAAUAUAAUGGUGUGAAAUGUACUGUUUUGUGGGCUCUUGGAGCCUUAGCCGAAGGAGUGGCUUUUCAUUUUCCCCUCCCUUUCUCCCCAUGUUCUUGCUUUGUAUGGUGGAAAUUUCAUGUCUGGUUUUAAGAGGACACUUGAUAUGAGUGUUCUCUUUCACUGCUGGGAGUGCCUAUGUGCUGUUUAUUCCCUGAAUCUGCAUAAUUUCUUAGUGUUUUGCUGAAAAGCUAAAUCUGCACAAGGGAGGUUUGGUAACAAACCUGCAAUGACAAACAUUCAUAAGAAGAAUACAAUUUCCAGACACAAAAGCAACUUUGGUUAGUGUAGUUUAUAGUAAGCUCUCCUUCAGGAAACAAGCUGUACCAGCAAAAUGCCCUUAUACUUAUGUUAGUGACUUCACUCAAGACUUCAGCUGUUGUUUAGGAGAAAUUGCAGUCCUACAUUGGCCAAGCGGUCUAAUGUUGCACCGCCGCCUUGCUUUUUGGAAAUGUACUUGGAUCCUGCUGCUAUUUUUCUUUCUUUAUUCUUUGUACUUGCUUUUUCCCUCAGCCCUUCUUCUUAAGAUAAAUAUUUGGAUAAUUCAUGGAGUUUGUAGGUAGUUCCAGCUGCAGUGUUGGACACUUGCCAUUCCAGACAGCAGUGCUAGAAUUUGUUGUCUGCUUCCUUUGGGUGGUGUGAGAAGUGUAACCACCAGAUAUCAGAUCAAAUCUCUCAGUACUUCCCACAUUUGCUGCAGUGUGGGCCACAAGCUAAAGCUUUGUUUACCUAAGCAAACUGGACCUGUUUCCUUCAUGCAAGACAAGAAUGGAGUUGAAACCAGGUGGUCAUUUUACUUAGUAGUUUUAACUGGUUCCUUUCCAUACUAGGCAGCAAAAGUGCCUACUUAUAGGUGUAUGUCACGGGGCACACAACCUAGAGAAAAGGUUAAACAGAUUCAGGAGUGGGUGCAAAAUUCACUCAGCUCCCCAGUAGCCACCUCAGGGGUAUUCUGGGUAUUUCCAAGUUCUCUUUUGCUCAUGAAGAGAAACAGAAGAAUGGGACAGAAUCUUUACUACUUCUACUUUAUUACUACUGCUAAAUAAGCUAGCAAUUUAAUAUUGGUUGUACAUUACUUCUAGCAAGAAACAUAAUUGCAAAAUUGGCUUCAUCUGUGAUAGAGUAAAAUUUCGUAUUUGCUUAGAGAUGUAAUAGGAGAUAUGAAAUUUACAGAAAAUUACUUAACCUUUUUCAGUGAUUUUUUUCCUAAAUGUUUUUACAACAAAAGAUUAGUUGAAGAUGCUGUCUUAUUCAAAGACUUUUAAAGUUAAGGGAGGGUUCUCUAUAGUCCCAGUCCUGCAACUGGAUUCUCAAGUCCAGCUUUAUGCAUGGAUUAUUUUGUCUGUUAGGCUCUGUUUCCAGAACUCCUGGCUCCAGUUCUUAUAGACUUCCCUGUUAGGAAAAUAAUUGUUAUUUAUGGCAGGGAAUAUGAAAGCCCAGCUCCUCUAGAAUCUUUUGUAUUAAAAUGCCAUCCCUAGACAUAUCUUUGUGCUUUUCUAAUGAACAAGUAGUAUCCUUCUGAGGAGACAGGUCACCUCUCUGGAUCUUCAGAUGCCUCCGCAUGUGGAUUCAAGAGACUCUGCUGAACCAGCAGGACUACAGGGCACUGGAACUGAGGCCCAGCUGUGUAGUUAGAUGGCAACCUGUGUUGAUUAAAUAGUUAUGCUGGUGGCAGGAAAACAUUGGUGUUUCUAGAUAUAGGGGGUUUUGUUGUUCAAAACUUGAAGUCCCAAAGCAAAUAGCAAGUACAGGCUGAACUCAGAGCCAGGAGCUCUAUACUCAAAAGUGCCUAGGGGUAAGCUUUGGGGAUUUUUCAAGUCCCCUAGAAGGAGAACAUCUGUUUACAUAUUUCUGUAUUUGUAUAGAUAGAAUGAUGGGGUUAUGUGUAUUCUCCUCCUGUAUAAGGGCUGUGUUACAAAAGCAUCCUGUUAUUAAAAGUAAAAAAAUUUUAAAAAUCCUUUAUUUCUUCCCACAAUCCAGUUACUGUACAAAGGAUCUCAUCUAAUUCCUCUCAUCCCAAAGGAAAAAGUGUGUCUAUGAUACCCUUGUUGCAGUAGUUCUCUUGAGUAAAGAUGCUGUGCUGUUAGAUGGCAUGUGAUAUUUCCUUGAAGUGGUCAUUUUACUCUGUACACAAGGGAGGGGGAACAGUGAACCACGGAUGUGACCAACAGCUUCAGUGAGGAUGUUGUUUAUAUGCAUGUGACCUUUCAAUAUGAGCAGAACUGUGACUGUUGCACUCAUUAAUUCAGUUCAAUUGUUUGUUUGAUGUUCGUGUUUGUGUACCUGUACUCUGGAGAAAGGUAGGGUAGCUUUGGAACCAAGAUUGUGUUUAGUGAAUGUCUUAGGUGGUUUCUCUUAAGGAUAACUAAGUUUUGUCCUUUAUAGAAGUUUUGCAUUUUUAAAAACCUGAAAAAAUAGUGUUAGUGGUGUAAGGUUGGCUAAAAAAGAGAAAAAGAAGAAUGCGUUGCAUGGACAAUGCCCCUCUCCUGUUUGGUUUCAUGCAUUCCCUUGUAUAUUAACACUUUGUACUGAAGCAUCUGUCCUAAUUUUGUGCUAUUACUAUACUAUCUCACUCUCAUUUGCAGGGGAGGCAGGAGGAGCUAAGGAAAAAGGGAAACUGGGAUAGAAUCAGAUAUAAAGAGUGGAAAGUGGAAUGUGGCAAAACAAUGCAUGUAUGUGUCCAAAGAAAUCUGAUCAUAAAUGUGUGCCAAAAGUAGGAGGAAAUGGGUGAACAGUCCUUGCCUUGUGUUCUUUAUUCCAUCCAGACAUAGUAGGAAAGCAAACACCAAAUGUUCAAAGGAUGUCCCUAGCUAAAAAUGCAGUAGGUUAGUUUUAAAAAAGAGAAAAAAAGACAAUUUCACUGUUGUCUAUACAUAGUAAAAACUGAUAAUGUUGUUUAUGCUGUUACUUAUUUGUAUUAUUAUUAUCAUUAUUAUUAUUGAUAGAACUGAAAGCACCUUUAUGCAUCUGUGUGUAGGACUGUGUGAAAGAAUUAUGUCCCUUAAAUCUGUGUUAAAUAACUACAAACAAUAUGAUUCCUGUUGGUCAGUGUGACAUUGCAAGCGUUUUACAUAACCUCCAUUUUUUAACGGAUGGACUCUUCAGUACUGUUUCACACCUGCCAGAUGCCUAAAUGGUUGAAAUAGUGUGUACAGAGAAGCUCUGCAGGAGAAUCUUGGAGAACUCUGUUUGCACUGAAACAUCAUCACAUCAAAACUGUCCAUAUGAAAAGGAAAAAUCGUAUUUCUUAAAAACUCUGUAUUGAAUUAAUCCUAUGGGAAGCACUUUGUUACUCUUUCUAAUAAAAAGUAUUGCCAUCAAUGAUA